AUGACGACCCACCAAACUAGCAUUUGUGAACAAGCACUCACUCAGAGUGAUAAGACCCUAGGAGUGUCUUCCAAAGAGAAGAACAUCUGUAAUGACCGAUUUGAAAAACUUGUGGAAACCCUCACUGAAUAUGGGUGCAGAAGUGCUACGGAGACUUUCCUGAUCGUUGCGACGGAGAACGAAGAAUCUGCUUCUCGCGCUGAUCUGAUGAAUCGAAUCAAUUCAGAUGGAGUGUACAAAAAUCAUAUUCAGUCUUUUUUGACAAGGACUUUCGAGGGUGUCAGUAGACAUUAUGAGAAUGAACAUCAUGCUGAUACUGAUCGAAUGGAAGCUUUGGAGAAUCUCGAAUUUAGCAUUGAACGAAAUUACCCAAAAGGUAUCACAGAGCUGGGUGUCAGUUCUCGUCAGAUGUAUCGAGAGAUACUGGCACGAUUGGUGUCUAGACCCAAACCUGACUCAGAUGAUGAAAGCGAAUCGUGGAAAUAUAAUCAAGCUUUUGAUUACUCUACGUGGCACACCGAUGUUGGUCAAGUGCCUCUCGCUUUCCCAUCUCCGCUGACCAACGCUGUGGCAGAAAGGGGAAUCCCACAAGUUUCGCUACGCCUAUUCCAAGACCUUUCAAGUAAGCUCUCAAGAUAUUUAAAUACUGCCCCUGGGGAAAAUUCAUCGAUCCAACUUCCCUUCAGAGGUCUAUGGUCCACUAGAGAUUGGGCAAAAAUCACUGAAACCAUGCAACCCAAGGUGCUUGAUAGAUUCAAUUCUGUACUGAAAGAAAAAUGGCACGAGAAGACCGCAAAGGAUCUGAACAGCAAUGGAUCACUUUUGGAACUGUCAGUUGACCUUGAAGUCACUCCGUCUGAGCUUACCACCACCACCCCUCCUGAAGUAGGAUCGGUGAGAGAGCGAUUCGGUUUCAAUGAGGAUAGCAUCAAAGUCAGGAUUGCCUCUGGUGACGGUUUCUUCAAGGAGAUCGAUCCGCCCAGUUCGGAGAAGUUGAGUGAAUUUGUGGAUUACAACGAUCCGAGAUAUGAUCUCACAGCUCAGAGUAUAAGAGAACACGACGAAGCUGAACGACUCAAAUGGAGAUGA